UGGAAAUGGAGUUUGGGCUCCAGUGUUGUACUGGGUAGUAAAUGCACCCUUGGUGGUUCUGACUGCGGUUGCACAUUAGCUGCUCAAGGAGACGUCGAGGGGACUGGACCCACGUUGGUCUCUGUUCUGUUCAACCCACCUCCAGCUGCGAGACUCAGUCCAGUCUUCAGUGCUUGCCUGGUGCCCAGAGAUGCGCCCAGGCCUGCUCUUGGUGUGUGGGUUUAUGCUAUAACCCUUGAUGCCUCAGCCCUGUCCAGGUUCCUGCCCUGCGACGCCGAUUGGAUUAGAGCAGGGAGGCCAGCUUAGGAGCAGGGACAACUUGCGAGGGUUGAGCCAGUCCGAGCAGUGGGGCAUCUCCUGGCUGCUCCUCGGAUGGCCUUCCUCUUUGUUGGCCUUUGCUCAUGUGCCCAGCGUGAGCCAGUAGCCUUGGCGGCUCUGCAGGGGACUCCUAGCCUGGUGGCUGUUCCGUGGGGCAGCAGAGCAUGUGCUGGCUCGUUGGGAAAGCCAUCUCCUGGCAGGCUGAGUGUUCUGCGAUGGGCAGGUGCGGACUGGGAAAUGCAGCCAGUGCCUUGCAAGACGGGAAGAACAGAAUGAACUUUACCCCCAGGGGUUGGGACUAAUCCAGAUUUGUCAAGUUCCAGGCUUGAUGCUGUCUGCAGCGGGCUAGCCGCUUGGGGCCUUGCUCACCCACUGAUGGGUGGGCAUGGAGGGCUGUCAGGAGCCAGUCUAGGUGCGCUGUAGUGAUCCUGCAGCAGGCAGCCAUCCCAGCCAGUCCCUUCCUUCCCGGCCAAGCCACCAGCUCUCUGCUCCUCUCCCAGCCAUGCAGGGGGGCUGUCUGAACCGUGCUGCCUCCCACUGCAGCCUGUGCCUUCCUGGGUAAAUGCUUGGCAGGGCGUGUCCAGGGGAGGUUGGGGAAGAGGCAGAACAGAUGCUGGAGGAGCUCUCCCGUAGGGGGUAUUGCAAACACACCAUCUGGCUCUGACAGCACUCGCCUAGCACCCCGUCCUGGCUCAGGAUAAAGGGAAAGUUCGACCGCCCCUGGAGUUAGAGCUGGGGUGACAUUGAGACCUCUCCGUGUCCUGAUUCCAGUGUAAGGAGCUUGGCCUGGGAGCAUUAAUCUGCCUUCUAGUCAGCCAGCAGCUUCUCGCAUUGCAGUGCCAGAGUGAGCCCUGUGCCGGCCAGUGGCACCCAGCUGCGAGGGCAAGCAGGAACUGGAUCUGAGUGAGUAACCUACCCCGCUUGAGAGAAUCCCAGCCUGACCCUCUGCCCUCAGCCUCCAGGUCGCAACACGGCUCCCUCCCUUUGCAGCUGGAGAGGCCUGCACCAGAGCUCCCAAACCCCGUGCUCUCCGUCUGGCAGCCUGCAGAUUGGUGGGGAGUGGCUGCAUUUGGGCUCCUCUCUUGCUCUCCUAGAGGAUGGAGGAUGAUCUGUGGCCAUGAGGUAGAUGCUGCUGCCCAGGCGCUGAAUGGAGGGACUUGUCACGAGCUUGGCGUGCGUGUCUUUGUGUCCCUUACUCCUGCGAGGCUGAGCUAUCCCUGGCAUAGCAGGGCAGAGCGGCUGUGUCUCCAGACCAUGUCCGGUGUGAAAUGUUAGUGGAACCAGGUGGAGUGAGGGUCCCUUCCUAAGCCACUGGGAUCUGUGCUAUGCCAGAUUCCUCCUAGGCCAGUUUGGGACCAGGACAGCCCCACACAUGGUACCUCCCCAGGCCCUACACAGAGUCCCAGAUUCCAAGGGCAGAAGGAACCUAUGUGAUCUAGUCUAAUCUCCUGUAUAACUCAGGCCAGGGAAUUGCCCCCAAAUGAUCCCAGCUGGAUUUAAACAUUCAGUGAUGGAGAAUCUACUGGGACUCUCGGUAAAUUGUUCUAGUGGUUAUUUACCCUCCAACCUCGAUGCUGACUGUCUGAAUUUGCCCAGCGUCUAGCCAGUGGGUCAUGUUGUUCCUGGGUUUCUCAAACUUUAUUGUAUCACAACCUCCUCCGGACAACAAAAAUUACUACACAACCCAGGGAAAGGGGAUGAAAGCCUGAGCCCUGCUCCCCAGGGUGGGGGCAAAGCUGAAACUGAAGGGCUUAGGCUUAAGGCAGCUGCCUGGCGAGCUCAUACAACAGGAUUGCGACUCGCUCGGGGGUCCUGCUUGAGAACGGUUAUUAAACCUAUCUCGGCAAGACUGCAGAGUCCAUUAUGAAAUGUGCGUUCCCCAUGUAAUACGGAGACGGCAAUCAAACUGCUCCUGAGCCUUCUCAGGCUAAACAGAAGGAACCCCGUCCGUCACGUUUUCUAGUCUUCUGGCUCUUCCCUGAGCCCCCUGCAAUUUAUCGACACCCUUCUUGAAAUACGGGCGCUAGACCUGGACACAGGAUUCCUGCAGGGUUGCAUCAGUGCCAAAGUGAGGGAAAAGCAACCUCUCUCCUGCGCCUUCAGAGCCCUGAUUAUGCGUGAAGGCCAUGGUGUCAUAUUAAGGUCUCACGUGCAGCUCAUUGUCCACCUGAACCCUCACAUUUUUUCCCUAGGCUAGAGUUCCCCACCCUGUAAGUAUGGCCUAAGAUUAUUACUAGGUGCAUACAUGUAGCCAUGUGAAAACACAGUUUGCACCCAGUUUACCAGACAAUCCAGGUGGCUCCGAAUACAUGAUCUGUCCCCUUCGUUCUUGAUGGAAAACUGAGUGAUGUUGUUUUCUCUCAGGUAAUUGUUAAUGUUAAGGCUAAGAACUGUAUCAGCCCCUCCUUUAUCUUGCCUGCGAUUGAUAUUAGGGAUGUGAAUGGAUACCUAGUUAGCUGGUUACCUGAUAAGCAUCACUAUAACUUGGUGAUUCUUACGGAGUACCAGUUAACUGGUCCCCUAGAGUAACCUGCGGGAGCAGGAGCUGGCCCCCCCAGGCAUGCAGGGUGGGCUGGGAACAGGAGCCAUUCCCCCAUGGGUGUGGGGGAGGGGCCAGGAGCACUGGUAGCUCUGCAUGCACAGGGGCGGGAAUGGGUUCCCGCUUAAUUCAUCGACCAGUUAAACGUAAGGGGCAUCUUUUAAAAUACUGGCACAUUGGAAGAAAACGAAUCUCAAAAUUCCCCAGUGCUCCAAGACUUGUUGAAAAUCAACACUGAUGGUCCAGUGAGUGCCUCCACCAGCCUUUUUAAACUUGGGUGCAAGUUAACUGGACCUGCAGAUUUAAAAAUGGCUAACUUUGGACGCUUCUGCUUAAAAUCCUGCAGACGUGCUAGUGCGAUGGAAAGUGUGUGAUUACCGUAUGAUGAGACUGGACCCAGUGAUUUCCCCCCAACACAGAACAGAAAUAUUUCUUGAACAUGUCUGCUCUUACAGCAUUAUAAUAACAUUUCCAUUUCCCUCUAGUCAUGGAGCAAUAUCCUUGUCAGGAUUCUUUUUGCUCCUUAUAUAUUGUUUAAAAAUCCUUCUUAUUGGCCUUAACUCUGCUGGCCGUACAUUUCUCCUUGCCUCCCUUUGUUCCCUUUAUCCAUUUUCUACAAACUUCUUAUUUAUAUUCAUUACUAUCAAUUUGGCCUGUCUUCAAUUUUAGAUGUUGUUGUUAUAGCCGCCUUCACUUUCCCUCUAAACCAGGCUGUUUUUUUACCCAGCACAGACUUCUUCCACAACUGUGGGAUUGUGGCUUUUUGGGCACCUAUUCCAUAUUCUUAAAUUAUUCCCAAUUACCACUCACUUUUUUUCUGAUUAAAUUCUCUCUUCCAGCUGACUUGGCGUGUCACUGUUUUCAGCUUUGUGAAAUCUGCUCUCUUAAAGCACAAAGCAUAUAUCUUACGUGCGUGAAUGUCAUUCUGUCUGCACAUUAGAAAUGUCACCAAGUCAUGAUCCUGCGUAUCUGAGCUAUCAUUAAUGUAUUAGUUCCUAUAUCGGUUAGGAUAUGUCUAAUAAAGAAUUCCUCCAUGUUCCGCAACACUUUGAGGUAGGAAAUUCUCAUCUCUCUAUAAUAUUUAGAAAUGCCAAGCUUGUUUAAGUACUGGUGGCAUGAGAACUCUAGCACAAGUCACUCAAACUGAAGUCCCUCUUGAUCAACUGUUUUUCCUACACAUCUUAGGUAGGUGUAUGAGGAGAUGGUCAUGUCUGUGGCAGACGCUAAUAGACUCUCUUGUGCUUUAUCUGUUAGAGCACUGAGUCCUAAAUGUUCAAGAUAAUCUUCUGAGUUAUUAGUGACUCCAAAACAGGCAGUGCCUUUUACUAUUAGUGUAACCCCCUCUUGAGGUGUCUGUCCCAGCCUGUCCUUGAGGCAAACGGAGGCAAAGGCCACCCAAUUACACCUCCCCUUCUCCUCAGAAAAGGUGGACCAAUAUUUCACAAAACUAAGAUCCUCUGCUCUUUAGCUACUGACUUAGCCUGCAAGUCACUUCCAGAAUCUUCUGCUUUCCGUCUCCCUUUGCACGUGACACAGGAAUGACCUCAGAGAACAUUGCUUGGAUGUUCUUUUUCAGCAAGGAUGGUCUGUUGCGCAAUCUGAGAUCUGCCUCUGCUUCAGACACUCUGCUCCCCUCCCCUCUCCAGCUCGCUCCUAUGGCGUCGGUGGUGAAGUCUGCUCUCAGGGCCCCAGUGAAACAGCUGCAGUGCUGCAUCUCUGCGGACAUUCAUGAGGACAAAGACCGCCAAGCGCUGGGAGGCUGCAUAAAGGGGCCAGCAGAACAGAACCAGAGGACCCAGGACAAGACGAGCAAACGGGACAUGGUCUAUGCUCAGAGGAAGGCGGAGCGCGCAGCAAUCAGAACACACAUCAGAGAGAAGUACCAGCUUCCCAAGAACGAGAUGGAUAAAAAACAGCUGGAGGCCAUUGGGGGGGAGGUGAAAAUGCUGCAGGCUGCGGUGAGGCCUCAGGGCAGCCCUGAAUCUGACUCCUGCCUCUCUGGACUCAGUGCCACGAACCUUGGUUCUCUGAAAAAAACCUCACUGAGCAUGAUGCGAUCCCUGCGGCCGGAGAUGCAAUGUCCUGUCAUGUGAACGCACAAGCAGCUGGGGCAGCGUAGGCCAUUGUCUCUGCUCACCAGAGACUCUGCUGUGCCCCAUACCCCUAUGAGUGUAAGAAGUGCUGUCCUCCCCAUCUUGGGAUAACUGUGGGGUGGGAGUUGCUCCUGACACAGCACUGACCUCUGUUCCCUGCACUCUGUCUCCCUGGGAGGUGAGGUCUCGCCCAUGCUUGUUUAACCAGAGUAUUGUUUUAGAAUGAGUAGUGUGUGGAACUACGUCACCCUGGAAGCUGCACGAUGACCUUUGCUCUCUCAUGCCUCACCUUCCUGAACAAACCAUUUCCCAGUAAAGCCCUGGACUCUGCCUGCUUUGGCAUCCCUGAAAGAAUUCACCAGCCUGUGCUAAGCAUAGUGAAUUAUAAGAUAGAGAACACUUUCUGUUUGCACGCACUCGUGAGCAAUAUUUCUUGGGGGUGUUUAGGUCACUUACACCAGGGCCUAAACAUUUUGGUUGUGUCUACAUUGGCAAGAUUUUGCGCAAAGCGGAUGCUUUUGUACAAAAACUUGCCU